CGCAACGGAGCGAGUUACGACCCGCUCGCAACACCCUCCCAUUCGUGCCAUAUGAGGACUGGGUCCCAGGCCAAUUAUAUGAACAACACCCACCCACCUGCAUGCGCUACAUCAUGGAAUGGAAGUUGACACUGAACAAGAGAGCAGCGGUCAAGCAGACCGAAGAAAACCUCGUGAUGGCUCCAAGCGACUUCUGGAACCAGGAGCUGGCAUGCAAGAUCGCCGAUAUCGUGCGGUCGAAGGGCAAACCUAUAGCGCCGACUCAACAACGAUCGCAAUCUCCGUGAACGACCGCUCCGAGAGGGAUAUAACAAAGCACUUCAAAGAGUUGCAGAUUGACUGGCCGGUGGCGGAGAGGCAACUCCAAUCGUGGAGCCACCUUCUCCGCAUUGGCAAGACCUUAGAAAAGCAGCCCGCACCGCUGGACGGGGGGCUACUGCUACUCAGCUGGCCGAGAGGGAUGUUCGGCUCGAUGCGGAGCAGGUGGCCUCUGGUGCGCCGGACGCCUGGAGGCAUGUAUACACUAUCUUUAGAUGCCUAGAACCCCCAUGCAAUCGGGGGCCCUACUGCUAGUCGUGCGCUGGAGGGAGCCGCCGACGUGUGGGUGACGGCGGUGGCAAUGGGCUUGGCCGCGGGGGUUUGUGCACGGCCCCCUAUCGAUAAGACUAUCGAUAAGGAAAUAGUGAGGCUUUACCGGCAUGCAGAGCUGCGAAGCCACAACCACGGGCCACCAAACCAUAGCGGUAGGAAACCCCUUUCCGUCGUUCAUACCACCUUCGCCUGUCUACAUC